AGAAGAAAUGAAAGAAAUAAUCAUAAUUUUACCGAAUCGCAAAACAGUUCGCCAUGUAAAUCAAAGUUAUAGUUUAUUUUUCCUUUUAUAAAUUUCUAAUUCUAAUGAAUCUUGCGCCUGCAGACAAGAUGGCAAUUUUUGUCGACGUACAGACAACAGACAACGUUAUUCAGAAAAAAAAAGUGAUUUAAUCUAUUAUUAUUAAAUGCAAAACCAUGGAAAUGUCGGUGAAAUUUUUAGCUAUACUAACUGUUCUAACAGCAAAUAUAGUUCUAAUAAUAUGUCUGUGUCUUUUAAUUCAAGCCCCUGCUUGCAGAUCGCCUUGUGCCGAACCAAGUCAAACACAAAUAUUAGACACUAGGCAUACUUUGGCUGUGAUAUGCACUUUGAUUCUUUGUCUGCUAGUUCUUAUUACUGCAUCGUUGGAUAACAUUUCAUGGUGGAACACAUCCUUUCCAGAUACCUUCAUGUCAACAACACAAACAAAUAGUUUUUUGGACAGGUUACUAGUUACCAAUCCUGGCUGUAAAGUAACCAUACAACAAGACUUCUUUGUCAAGUUAGGAACCAGAAUAGUACCAAAGACUCGACGUAAAGCUCAUGAAAUGUUUAAACCUAAUCAAUGGUUUGAUUCAACCAAAUACUCUGUGGUUAAACAGAUUAAUUCAGGUGUUCUAAAACUCAGACUUGAGGUGUCCCCUGUUAAUAAAGAAGCUAAAGAGGAUUUGGACAAAUUCAUUCAAGAGCUUAUCCUUCAGAAUAGCUCAGGUGAGUUCGACUGUAAGUUAUUAACUGAGCUGAGUAUAGAAGCCCGGGUUCCUAAAAUUUCUCUUUUCGAAGGCUACAAAAUACCUCAGAUCCGACUGGAAAACAAACUAGACUCAAUUCUCCUUCCAUUGAGCUCAUCCCUGCACAAAAUAAUGGGAGAACCAGUUCGAAUAUUUGUAUUUCGUGAUACAAGACUUUGGAAUAUAGUUUGUCCGACACUCUUCAGUCUCAAGAAGAUUCUUUUCACACUCAUUCUCUUCAUUCCUGUUCUAGGCACAAUACUUUCCCUUAUUCUAGCAGAAAAUACAAGGCAACUAAAAGUUCGGAAAAGAUUUAGUCGAAGAAGAAAAGAAGAUGAGGAUCAAGUUGACAAGGAGAACCUCCUAAUACCGUUUGCUCGCAAUAAACUCCCCCGUCUCGCUAGAUUGUUUAAUCACACUCCAGGAAGGAUCCCGUUACUCUUUUCAACACAAAAGGAUGGAUAUGACGAUGUUGAAGAUAUAUCUCCAACAUUUAAAUCCGAUCAAGAUAUGAAUGAACGCUGCUUCCCUAUGGAACCUUGGCAAGAUGAAAUCAAAAUUGCGAUACCAAAUUUAGAUCCUUUUCAUGAAGAACCCAAACUAGAACUCACUUUGGACAGUCCUCCCCCAUACUCUGGACUGGAUAAUUCUAUCCUACCUGUUCCGCCCAGCUAUUCAGAUCUAUUACAUACAGCUAUAGAUAGAGAUAAACUAUAUACUGCUAGGGAAACUGAUAACAUUUAAAAAAGGAGAUAAUAUUUCAGUUAAGCUUUCAUUUCAAAUGUUUAAUAAAGUGAAUUCUUUUUUUUUAAUAAUUUCAAAGCGAAUAAAUAUUUCAAUAAUAAAACACCGGUCUAUUUCUACUAAGCUUUCCUGAUUACACAUAAAGAUAAAAAUUUAAGUAAUUCGAGACUAAAAGGACCAUAUGUUAACCAAGGUAUUGCCCACCCCUGGAUUCCUAUAACGGUGCGUCUAAGGCACCUUUUUUAAAGUAACAAUUUCUCAUCUAAAAUAUUGAUUUUAGAGUUUUUUUUUAAAUAUGUCCGAUUAAAAUAAUUGCAAUUUGACAAAUAUAUAUAUCGAUCAACGCCACUCCUCUGCAGUUGACAAAACUUGGAAAGAUUGAUAAUUUAUGAUAUUUGGAUGAAAAUCUGAAAAGUAAUAACCAAACCAGAUUUAUAUUUUAAUAAUACAAGAAACGCAACAGUAAUAUAAACUAUACUAUAUACACACAAGAGAUCGUAUCACGUAUGUAACAUUUACCUUGUGUUAAUGAUGCAGUGGCAUCACUUAUCAGUAUUAAAUUAGAUUUAAUUGUUUUUGAUUUGUACAAAAACUUACUGGAUUUCGAAGAAUAAAUAUCAUUCUAUAAAUUG